GUAAAAUUGCUUUGUGGAUGCAAAAUAAUGAAGCAACUUUUUUUAAUAAGGGAAGAGAGUAAAGAUUUGGAGACGCGGUGUAUAAAAAUGGAUGCUCAGAUCCGGCGGUGAUUACCUAAUUCUCAACCAGUUUCUCCUUCAGAUUGGGGUGGGAGUUAGAUUCGUGAUCGAGGUCUAACAUGGCUGACUUUGAUGAAUAUAUGGCUGAUGAAUACGACAUGGAUGAUUUGGAGGAUGAGAUGAAUGCUGAGUUUGAUGCUAGAGAUAUCGAUGCAUCUGAUUCAGAAGUCGAAGAUUUUGAACAAUUGAACAAGGCUGCGGAUACUUCUGCAGCUCAAGCUCGGAAUGGGAAGGACAUUCAGGGUAUACCGUGGGAGAGACUUAGCGUUACUAGAAAAGACUACAGGAAAACUAGGCUUGAACAGUAUAAGAACUAUGAGAAUGUCCCUCAUUCCGGAGAAGAAGCUGGGAAGGUGACUUACUUACAUUUCAUGCUUAUCUCUUUAGGAGAUCGUUAUCUCAUUCUAGUCUUGCUUUAUUGGAACCAGCAUUGCACGGAUACGGAGAAGGGGAGCUCUUUCUAUACGUUUAGGAGCAAUUCUAGAUCAGUGAGAUCAACCAUUCUUCAUUUUCAGUUGAGGAAUUUGGUCUGGGCUACAUCAAAACAUGAUGUUUACCUCUUGUCCAACUACUCUAUCAGCCACUGGUCUUCUUUGACAGGUUCCAGGAAUGAAAUUCUCAACGUUAAAGGUCAUGUAGCUCCUUCUGAGAAACAUCCGGAGAGUUUGUUAGAAGGAUUUACAGAAACUCAAGUUAGCACUCUUGCAGUAAAAGAAAGGCUGCUAGUUGCUGGUGGGUUUCAAGGAGAGCUCAUUUGCAAGCAUCUUGAUAGACCUGGUGUGAGUUUCUGCUCGCGCACAACUUACACGGAAAACGCUAUCACAAACGCAGUAGAUAUAUAUAGAAACUCCAGCGGCGCGCUUCACUUCAUGGCCUCAAAUAAUGACUGUGGAGUCAGAGACUUUGACAUGGAGAGGUAUCAGCUUGUCCAACUCUUCCGUUAUCUUUGGCCCGUCAACCAUAGUUCCCUAAGUCCUGAUGGAAAACUAGUAGCAGUCGUUGGAGAUGACCCAAAUGGUCUAUUGGUAGACUCAAGCAACGGACAGACGAUUGGGACGCUAAAAGGUCACUUGGAUUAUUCAUUUGCAUCAGCUUGGCAUCCCAACGGUGUGACAUUUGCAACAGGAAACCAAGACAAGACCUGUCGCAUUUGGGACACAAGGAAAACCUCGGAGUCGGUCGCUGUACUAAAAGGUAACCUUGGAGCGAUCCGGUCCAUUAGGUUCACAUCGGACGGACGGUGCAUUGCGAUGGCAGAGCCAGCAGAUUUUGUCCAUGUGUAUGAUACAAAAACAGGUUACAAGAAGGAGCAAGAGAUUGAUUUCUUUGGAGAGAUUUCGGGGAUAUCGUUUAGUCCAGACACUGAGUCUCUCUUCAUCGGUGUUUGGGACCGGACUUAUGGAAGUCUCUUGGAGUAUGGUCGAACCAGAGAGUACUCUUAUCUAGAUUCAUUGCUUUGAUAAAAAAAAUAAAAUUUCAAAAUAAAAAGAAACUUGCAUAAAAUAAUCUGCUAUAUGUAUUUGGUUAGAUUUCAUACCGACAAGAAAAGAGAGACUUCGAAGCUGUUCUGUUGUGUAACUUUACUGUGUACUUUUAAAAUGUACAUUUCCAGAAA